AUGGCAUCUCUCACCAGCAGAACGGUUGUAGAGCUCCAAGCUCCGAGGAAGAAGUCUCUGUCUUGGGUGCCAUUGGAAGCCCCCGAUUCACCGCCACUUACGCCCCCAGAGAUCGUGGUGACACGACCAGAGCAAGCACAAUACUUCGAUCAGCGUAUCUUUGCUCCCUCGCCGACGCCCGGCAGCCCUACUGUAGCAGUCAUUGGUACUGGCUAUGUUGGUCUGCACCUCGUCGAAGCAUUCUCUACCGCAUACGAUGUCAUCGCCUUUGACGUGUCGGAGAAGCGAGUACAAGAGAUCAAGAACACCGUCGCCAGCAACGUGACCUGCGUAUCGGAUCCCAGCCGACUCACCGAUGCCACUCACUUUCUGAUCUCCGUCAGCACAAUUCUGAAUCAAUCACAACGUUCCAUCGAUAUAUCUUGCAUCAAGAAAGCGAUCGAGACAAUAACAAAAUACGCACGACCCGGAUCGACCGUCAUCAUCGAAAGCUCGGUCGCUGUCGGCAUGACGCGGGAGCUCCUUGAGCCACUCAUGCACAGCAAGUCCCUACUCUGUGGCAUGUCUCCCGAGCGUGUCGACCCCGGCCGGGUAUCUCCAACAUACGAAACCAUCCCCAAGAUCAUCUCCGGUCUAAACGAGGAGUCGUUGCAAUCCAUCUCGGACUUGUACUCUCGAGUCUUCCAAAAUAUCGUUCCCGUCUCCAAACCCGAAGUGGCAGAAAUGACCAAGCUCUACGAAAACUGCCAACGCAUGAUGUGCAUCGCAUAUGUCAACGAAAUGGCCGAUGCCUGCCGCACUCUCUCCGAAACAUUAUCCCACAAGAGUACGACGAACGUAGACAUCAACAUUGACCCCUGGGAGGUCGCCAAUGCUGCAGGCACAAAACCAUUCGGCUACCAACCAUACACACCAUCUCUUGGUGUCGGAGGACAUUGUAUCCCCGUCAACCCUUACUAUCUCCUCUCCAAUGCCGAAUUCCCACUUCUGGAGGCAUGUGCCAAGCGCAUGGAAGACCGCCCCGCACGAAUCGGAGAUCGCAUCAUGUCAACUCUGAGCUCCAAGACGAACAGCAGACCCAGCAUCCUCAUCGUCGGGCUGGGUUUCAAGCGUGGACAAUCUGUCCUGUCGCAUUCGCCUGGUAAAGCGCUGGCUGUGCAUCUCCUCGCUACAUAUGAUGUGUAUGUUGAAUUUGCGGAUCCUUUGGUGGAGCAGAGCGCCGUGUCUUUUGUGCCUCGCUUUGAUGAUGCUUCUUGGUCGGCCGAGACGCUGGAGCGCUUUGAUGCGAUUGUCGUGGCUGUGGAUCAGCCUGGGUAUGAUUAUGAUGUGCUUGAUCAGGUGCAACGGAGUGGGACUACACAUGUUGAGUGGUUCUGUCGGCGUUGA